CACCAAAAGGUGGAAAAUGUUGUUACAAAGUCUCUAUCACUCGAGAAUCCUGACCUCUUAGAUCCUACAGUGAAACAAGACAAAAAAACAGAGCAUUUACAUAUACACUGCUUAUACAAUAUGAUCCUAUCAUUAGCAUCAUGUACAUACAUAUGUAUAUAUAUGUGUAUAUAUAUAUAUCAUACAACAGUUAUCUCAUAAACCAAUCUUUUGUUUACCUAUAUAGCUAUACGACCCCAACGCAAGAUUUUUCUAAAACCGUCACCAUACAGACAUUUUCGACCAUGGAUUUGGAUCUGUUACCAUACCUGCACCUCUUCCUCAUUUGCAUAGUCUCUCUUCUUCUUCUCCAUUACCUCUUGAGCUCCUUUUCCAUCACUCGUCGUCCACCGGGACCUCGUGGACUGCCAAUUCUCGGACAUAUGCAUCUUCUCCGCUCAGCCCUUCCACGUUCCUUACAAGCCUUAGCCUCUAAAUACGGCCCUCUCAUGAGCAUACGUAUCGGCUCGUUACAAGUCAUCGUCGUCUCGGAUUCAGACACGGCCAGACUCAUUCUCAAGACCCACGACUCGGAUUUCGCCUCCAAGUUCGUGUUCGGUCCGAGGCAGUUCAACGUGUACAAAGGAGCUGAGUUCUUCAGUGCCCCUUACGGACCCUUCUGGAGGUUCAUGAAGAAGCUUUGCAUGACGAAACUGUUCGCCGGAUAUCAGCUCGUUCGGUUUAAACAUAUACGAGAGGAAGAGACGUUAUCUCUUCUGAAAUCUCUCGUCGAGAGAUCGAGAAACGGAGAGGCUUGCGAUCUGAGUAUGGAGUUCACGGCCUUGACCACAAAGAUCCUGUGCAAGAUGGUUAUGGGGAAGAGAUGCCAGGAAAACCCUAAUCUUCCCGCUGAAAUCAGGAAGUCAGUCCGGAAUAUAAUGGCUUGCGCUACGAAGUUCGGAGUCAUGGAGUUGUUCGGACCGUUGAAGGAUCUGGAUGUGUUUGGUAACGGAACGAGGCUUAGAUCCUCAAUUUGGCAGUAUGAUGAACUUGUGGAGAGGAUACUGAAGGAAUAUGAAGAUGCCAUGAACAAUCCGAACGCUCGGGAAGGAGAGAACGAUAAAGAUAUCAUCGAUAUCUUGCUAGAGACGUACAAUGAUCCCGACGCUGAACUCAAAUUGACGAGGAAUCAGAUCAAGUUCUUCGUCCUUGAAUUACUCAUGGCGAGCCUCGACACGACUUCAGCGGCCUUGCAAUGGACUAUGACAGAGCUCAUAAACCAUCCUGAUAUCCUCGAGAAGCUAAGAAACACGAUCAAUGAAACUAUUGGACCGACCCCUCGGGUAAUCAGAGAAUCGGAUGUGCAGAAGCUCCCUUACCUGCAAGCAGCUGUCAAGGAAACACUCAGGCUUCACCCCGUGGGACCGUUACUCCGUAGACAAAGCAACAGAGACAUGGAGAUAAAAGGGUACACCGUGAAAUCUGGGACCAAGUUCUUCAUCAACGCUUACGCUAUCAUGCGCGAUCCAGCCAAGUACGAGGAACCCGACAAGUUUUUGCCUGAAAGGUUUCUAGUUGUGGAAAAAACACACAAGAAGAUGGGUCCUUAUCAGCAAUAUCUGUUGGAACUUAAAGGGCAGGAUGUGAAUUACCUAGCAUUCGGGAGCGGAAGGAGAGGAUGUCUAGGAGCGGAACACGCUUCCUUGGUGCUGAGCCUCACGAUCGGAUCGCUGGUUCAGUGCUUCAACUGGAGAUUGAAAGGUGAUGAAGAUGAAGUCAACAUCAAAUUGCCUUCCGGGUUUUCGGCUUCGGGAAUUGCUGGACAGAGUUCUCUUGUCUGCUCUCCUGCAUUGUCUUUUGAUCCAUUCAAAGACGAAAACUGAAGCUCCUUCUGCAGAGAAUAACAGAC